AUGGGAAAUGCUUCAGACACAGCCCUGUUUGUCUCCACAAUCUCAAAGGAGCUUGACUUCCUCAUGGGCAUACUCUACAGCAUAUUCUGUGUUCUGUCUCUCCUGGGGAAUGGCAUCUUGAUGCUUGUUGCGUAUCGUAAGCGCUUGUCCUUGAAGCCGGCCGAGUUCUUCAUCAUUAACCUGUCCAUCAGCGACCUUGGGAUGACCCUGUCUUUAUUCCCUCUGGCCAUUCCCUCUGCAUUCGCUCACAAGUGGUUGUUUGAUGAGAUCACCUGUCAGUUCUAUGCUAUGUGUGGGGUUCUGUUUGGUCUGUGCAGCCUGACCAACCUCACAGCUCUCUCCUCCAUCUGUUGCCUCAAAGUCAGCUUCCCUAACUAUGGUAACAAGUUCUCCUCGUCCCAUGCCUGCGUCCUGGUGGUGGCUGUGUGGUGUUACGCCUCUGUGUUCGCCAUCAGUCCCCUGGCACAGUGGGGACACUACGGGCCCGAGCCUUAUGGCACUGCCUGCUGCAUUGACUGGCACGCGCCCAACCACGAGCUGUCAGCCCUGUCCUACAUCGUCUGCCUGUUCCUUUUCUGCUAUGCUCUGCCCUGCACCGUCAUUUUCCUCUCCUACACCUUCAUCCUGCUGACGGUGCGCGGCUCUCGCCGGGCCGUCCAGCAGCAUGUGUCAUCCCAAACCAAAACCACCAAUGCACACAGCCUCAUUGUCAAGUUGUCGGUAGCAGUAUGCAUCGGUUUCCUUGGUGCAUGGAGCCCUUACGCCAUAGUGGCCAUGUGGGCGGCAUUUGGUGAUGCCACCAUCGUGCCUCCUGCUGCAUUCGCCCUGGCGGCCAUCUUUGCCAAAUCGUCCACCAUCUAUAACCCUAUGGUCUACCUGCUGUGCAAACCCAACUUCCGCAAGUGUCUUUGCCGAGACACGUCCACAUUCCGCAAUAGGAUCUGCAGGGGCAGCCCCCGGCCUGAACAGAAAGACCCCUUUGGAUCCAUAUCACAACCAUCCCAGAGAAACAACAAGGAAAUGAGCAUCUCAUACGGACAGCCAGAGAGCCCCGUGGCAUGUCUGCACUGUGCUGAGGAUGGAGCUCCUUGCCAAACAGGGACCACGUCCCAGAGGACUGCCUGCAUACUGACCGGCUCCACCUACGGCGAGGUGACUGUCAGUCAACUCUCUGCCAAUCUGCAGGCUGAUUUUCUCUAGUAUUGCAUCAGAACUGCAUCCUACCCUAAUCGUUCAGACAGGGAUGGCGAGAUUGCCAGGUGGAAAGAUAUGGCCAGGAACGGAGAGACUGACAGUAAAAUUGCAAAAAGUCUUGGUUGAAUCAUAUGUUGCAAUCUGGCACACAAGCCAACAUGACAGUAUCUGUGUCAGUGAGAGAUGAUGGGCCCAUCUUAACUCAUCAGCAUUUUAUGACAUUUCUAUGUACCUCAGCAGCUGUUGCACUCAUUCUUACCACAGCAAACAAGAGAAUAUUGCUAGAGUCCAAUGUCUUACAAGUUGGUCAACGCAAACAAACAAGAAUAUUAAAUUGUACAAGAUGACAAAACACAAAAGUGUUAACUGAACUAUUUAAAUAUAUUUAUAAAAGACAACAUUUAUUAUUAUUAUUAAGUGCCGUAGAUUUAUCSAGGAAAAUCGCGUGGCAAGGAGACAGAACUAAUGAAAAUAGGUGCCCAAUGAUCCCACACAUCAUGCAAUGUUCACAUCUGUGUAUCGGGGGCGAUAUGAAAAUAUUAAAGCUAAUCAUCAUCAACUCAUCUGGUUAUACUGUGCCGGUGAAGAGAGAGACCUUGGCUGAAUUUUUCCUGACAUAUUUCCAAUACAUUGCUGAUAGAAUUGGGCUGUAAAGUAGCCCUGGUUUUCCUUCAGACCAUUGUGUUGCUGUGCUGUAGACCUUGAUGUGUAUUUGUAAUAAGAGAGCAUAUCUAUAGUAUCAUUAUGACCUUAUUGUAACUGUGAAACAAAUGUUUGAGGAAGUUGCUGUAAUUAUCAAAUUUUAUUACAAAACGUUGAAACAACCAGUCUGGUGCUUGGUUAUAAUUGUUUGAAAUUUAACUAAUGUUUCAAAAUUGUAAAUCAAAACUGACAUACCUUUUGUUCUGAUGGGCCAGUAGGUUCAGACACUCUGAAUGCCAUGGGUCAGGUAAAAGAACCUCAUUAUUUGCAGUAUAUCAAAGUCUGUAAUGACAUUAGGUAAACAAUCAUCUCUGUGUCAUUCAGAACUACAAACCUGUAUCAACAACAUGGACAGUUGGACGCAACAAACUGGGACUGAAUAUUUAAUUUUCCUGUUAGCAUGGUUCCAGGUUGAUGACCUUUACCUUAAUUGCCUUUGGCAUUAUCUGUUGAGCAGAUCCAAAGAGCGCAACCAACAGAAUCUCUGAGGACUUCUGUUUCAGAUAAUUCCAAUAUUAUUAAGGCAGUUGUGAUGCAACUCAAGUAAUUCUGGCACAACAUCAAGGAUAGGUGGAAAAGUAUUGCUAUGGAACCUCAAUUCACAACUUGCAAAAUAUGUUCCUUUUGAUAGAAUUUCCAACAUAUGCCUGCUAAAUGCAGAUAAUAUAUAUAUAUUUUUUGGGAAGGGGAAAGUCUGUGACUCCUAAAAUUAAAUAAACAUAAAACAAAUUAUUCUGGCAGGUGGUUUGACUGUGUGUUGGCAUACAGAGUUUUGUGUGGAGUAUUUUAUGAGCAGAGUCAAUCUAGCUAAUCAGUCAGAAAUCUCCAUUCUCUCAAAAAGGGGUUGUGGUGAUGGUGCACAGGGCAUGAAAUCUCAGCUGCAGUCACCUCAUUUUUCCACUUGUUUGAUCUGAGAUGAAUCAGAGUGAACAGGAAUUUGCAUUUUGUACGGAAAGUGGUAAUUCUAUAUGAGUGCCCCGCAUAGUUGUGUUUCUUAAGGCCUACAACAACAACCCCACUGACUUUAUCAAAGCUGACAGGCUAAAUAAUAAUGAGUGGUUCACAGUGAAAGCAGUUACAUAACAAACAGAUGUAACUCUAACAUGCAGUGAAGCUCAACAUCUGAUUAGGUCAUUUUUUGUCAUGCGUACAUACUGGACAAGCUUCACCACUGUUAAAAUUCUUACAUUAGUACAGUAAAAAGUAUUAAACGUAGUG